AGUAUUGGUGCUUUUGGCCGUGUGGGCAGGUGACAAGUCCUGUGGAACAAGAAAACCUCUGUCUCUGAAAAGCUUGUUAGUCAACAGGAAGCUCGGUGUUCUUAAAGUCAAUACACUGACAGUAGACUUUAGAAAACAUAGUGGACCAACACCAGCAGGUAACAUGACUCUGUUCAUCCCUAAAUGUACACUUUUCACACAGGACCUUAAUCAACUUGGAUUUUGCCAAGCUGGGACUUUGAUUUCCAAAUGAAAUGCAAAGCUCACUAUGCAACUCUGAGCAAAUAUUCCAAUCCUUUUUCUCCUUAGCAAAGGACGCACCCACUCUGCGGUGUGAAGUUACGUACCUGCUCUCAGAAGCAAUAUUAUCACAGAGAAAACAUGGCGAGGUUAAGCGAGCAGGGGAUUCGCCUCAGUUCCAUGAGCCCUUCCUUUCUAAACAGCAACUCCACCAGUCAUACCUGGCCGUUCAGCGCGGUGGCAGAGUUAAUAGACAAUGCGUCAGACCCCGGUGUGUGUGCCAAACAGAUCUGGAUAGAUGAAGUUAAAAUCGACGAUCAGCUUUGUCUGACUUUCACAGACAAUGGCAGCGGGAUGACACCUAAUAAGCUGCACAAGAUGCUGAGCUUUGGGUUCACAGAAAAAGGCUCAGGUAAAGCCAGCCAACAGGCCAUCGGCUUGUAUGGAAACGGCUUCAAGUCCGGCUCCAUGCGUCUGGGCCGGGAUGCGCUCAUCUUCACCAAAAAUGGCGGCUGUCAGACUGUGGGACUUCUCUCUCAGACCUACCUGCAAAACAUCAAAGCACAGGCAGUCAUUGUUCCCAUAGUCCCCUUCAAUCAACAGACCAGGUCUCUGGUUGUGACUGAAGACUCAGAGGCCAGCCUGGCAGCCAUUUUGCAACACUCUAUCAUCAAGUCCCAGGAGGAGAUACUCACUCACUUUGACUCCAUUCCUUCAAAAAAAGGCACCAAGAUACUGAUAUGGAAUAUCCGCAGAGCCAAAGAUGGUAAAACUGAGAUUGAGUUUGACAUCGAUUCAACUGACUUUCGUUUGCCUGAGAUCCACUUCGAGGACCUGAAGCAGGGCCUGAGGAGCAACGGGUCCCUGAGACCUGAGCAAAACAUCCCAGAAAUGUAUUACAGCCUAAGGGCUUACCUCAGUAUCUUGUACCUGAAACCACGGACGCAGGUCAUCCUAAGAGGGAAGAAAGUCCUGGCCAAGUUGGUGUCCAAGAGUCUGACUCACAUCGAACAUGACGUUUAUAAACCGCAGUUUAGUAAAGAAAAAGUGAAGGUGACUUUUGGCGUAAACCCUAAGAAGAAGGAGCACUAUGGCAUCAUGAUGUACCACAGGAACCGACUCAUUAAGGCCUACGAGAAAGUGGGCUGCCAGCUAAAGGCCUCGGGUCAAAGGGUAGGCAUCGGGGUGAUCGGCAUCAUUGAGUGUAAUUUUCUCAAACCUGCUCACAACAAGCAGGACUUUGAGUACACUAAAGAAUACAGACUCACCCUUGGUGCUCUGGGUCUUAAACUUAACGACUACUGGAGGGAAGUCACAGAGAAGAGGGCCAGGGAGCGAGAGUUUCAGGCUCUAGAUAAAGAAGGCAGUGAAGACGAAGAGGAGGCGGACAUGAGUCCUGCGUGGCUACAGUGUGAGGAAUGUCUGAAAUGGCGAAGUGUCCCACCACACCAAUACAAGGUCAUGCCAGAAAACUGGACCUGCAGCCAGAAUCCCAAUCCACGUUACAGAAGCUGCUCAUCGCCAGAGGAAGCUGAGGAGAGCGGGGAACAGUUAACACCCAGCUACCAGAAAAGCCACAAGAAACUAGAGCACUCCAAAAGCAGAAAACGAGAAAAUUCACAAGAGGCGUGGCACUCAGAGGAACAAGUGGCGAAGGAUGAAUGUAUUUCAUCAGAGCAGCCUUAUUCCCCAUCCAAACACAGACCUGAACACAGUAAGCAUGAACAGAGACUGGAACAGGACGAGGCGGAUUUGCAUAAAGACACUCACACAAAUGAUGCAAAGAUUCAGUCGGAAACACACACAGAAGAGAAGGCUUCUGGAAGAGAUAUGGUCAUUAAACAGAAGGAUGAACGUAGAGAAGGGGAAAAUGAUCAGAAGCUUGAAGACAAGGAGGACGAGAAAAAGAGGGAGACAGCGGAGAAGGAAGAGGAGCACACAGACACUUUCAGUCGCAAGAGAAAGUCUGGACCUAUUUUCACCUACACGAAAAAGCGCUGGAGACCGGAGCAGUCAGGAAGCCCCACGGAGGAUUUUCCUACUGGGAAGCAAACAAACACAUUCAAAAAGGACAGCAGCAGCCAAGUGGAGAAGUCAAACGCUUUGCAGCAAACCCCGUCCAACACCUGGACCUACUCGCCGCUGGCCACCCAGACUGUGAUGGUGUCUCCGCUGAGGACAGAACGGCGGCAGAGCAAGGUGCUGCCUCCAGAGCUGGGCGAGCGGGAAGCUAAAGUGCAGAAGCUGGCCGCGUUGGAGAGGGAAGCCGAGCGACUUCGGAGCCUUCUCGGGCUGGAGGUCUCCAAGACAACUCAAGGCACCAUGACUACAGCUGAUGGCGUUGAGAAAGAAGGGAUGCGGAAACCGACACCGUCCACAACCAGCAAGGACGUCGGCUGCCAAACAGUCAUGGUUGAGCAGUGCUCCACCUCAGUGCCGGACGUGGCUGCAGCUCUGGAGAGCAGACCGAGGAAGGAGAGGAGUGAAGGUCAGAGCAGAGUGAGAGCGAGUGACGGUGACACCUGUGAUGACAACAGAUCAUCUCAGCAGAAUCUGCGUGACAUCCGUAACAACGUGGUGGUGCUCCUCACAGCCCUGCUGCCCCAGCUGGACCUGGCCGGUAUCAGCUUAGAGACAGCAGACGUGGACAACAUCCUGCAGCAGAUCAUAGAGGUUAACUCACUGAAACUAUGAGCGCCUCGAAGUCCUGCACAAGAUGGUUCUCCUGUGUGUCCUGCAAAGGAAUGCUCUAAACACCCAGGUUCUUCCUUCAUACCAUUUAUUUUCUUACCUCAUCGGCUCGUUUGAAGAUUCCCGAAUAAACCUGACGUAGAUUAUUGAAAAGAAGUAUCUCGUGGUGGAGUAGACAGUGUCUCAUAUGUGAGUGAAAAACCAGAGUUCAGAAUCUAAACUACAUGGCGUAUUUAGGAAUUUGUUCCAAUAGUUGGAAUAUUUAGGAAUUUGUUCCACACUUCUCCAACUCCUUAACCAUUCAACAUGGGAGGGAAAGAAGGUUGUGUUACUGCAUAAGCUUAUUGAAAUGAUGCUGAUCCUCGUCGAAACUAAAAGUGUUCAUACAGAGUUAUACAUUGUAGCAUAUAAAUACAGCCACUAUACAAUACGGAUUAGUAGAACUGCAACAUUUUUCUUUGCAGCCAUUCAUAGGGAAUCUUUCUGAUGGAAAUAUUUCUGUUGAAAGCAGGGACAAAUUACAUAAAACGCUCUCUUGCAAAAAUCACUGUAGUGCAGGGGUCUCAAACUCCAGGCCUCGAGGGCCGCAGUCCUGCAGUUUUUAGAUGUGCCACAGCUACAAAACACUGGAAUGAAUUGACUUAAUUACCUCCUGCUUGUGUAGAUCAGUUCUCCAGAGCCUUAAUGACCUAAUUAUUCCGGUCAGCUGUGGUGCAGCAGAGGCACAUCUAAAAGUUGCAGGACUGCGGCCCUCGAGGACUGGAGUUUGAGACCCCUGCUGUAGUGUAAUGUCUGCUUUUCUUCACAUGGAUUAAAGUCUACUUUCUAUUAGUUAUUGAACUUUUGUGUACAAUUGUAUUACUUAUUUAACUGCAACCUGUGGAAACGUUACUUUAAAUAUUGUGGAGUCUCUGUUCAGAGCCCAUCUACUGUAAAAAGGUUUUUCUUUUUUAUCUAAAACUGCAUGCCAUAUUUUAAUGUUUGUGUUUGGCCUAUUUGUUUUCCAGAUGCUUUUAAAACCUGAUACAUGCAUUUGCCAUGGAGCUCUGUUAAGGAGAUGGAAGAGUUUGUUUUUAUGUGUCAAAAAAGAAAGUUUUGCGUUUGAAGUAAAUAUUGAAACCAUU